AUGAGUACGCCGAAGCUGACCUAUGUCCAGGCGCUUGAGUUCUUGCUGCGGGAGACGCAGGAGCGCCCGGCGGAUUUGGCUCUUCUGCCAGAGUUUGCCCUGGAGCAUCCUGCGCAAUGCACGCACCAAGGGGAGCUCUCCUACGACAACGUGGCGAUCAUGAUGCUGUCACGGCUGGCGCGGCAGCGGCAGUUGUACCUGGUUCUGGGGGUGCGCGACUCUGACUCUGUCGACAUUUGUCUGGUCUUCAACCGGCAAGGGGACAUGACGCUGCACAAGGCCGGAGCCACUUCCGGAGCCGGCCAUUCGAAUCCCGGCCAUUCCGGAGCCGGUUCCGUGAACGCCGAGGUCUCCGAGUGUCCGAGCUUCCAAACGGAGUGGGGCACCGUGGCGCUGCUGGGGGACGUCACCGGGAGCUGGGCGCCGCUGCUGGCGCUGGCGCCCGUGUUGAUCCUCAACCCCUGCAACGCCCCCAUGGAGCUGGACAUGGCUUUGGCCAAGGCCCACCCGGAGACAGUGUUCGUCCGUGCGGACGCCCCACUGCGGCAGGGUGGCGCGGGUAUCUCCAUGCUGGUGGAGGCGCACCGCAGCGCGCUGGCGCCCAGCUGGGGCCCCACCUUCCUCCACCUGGAAAUGGAAGACACCAAGGACAGCCGCAAGCUGCCAAAGUGGCGCUCGCUUACCAUUGACGAGAUUCUUUCAGCCUCUUAUGGCAGAGAUCUGAAUGAUGCCGUGGAGAUUGGCCCACGCUAUCAUUUGUGGACCUUCAGGCCGCCAAGUCUUGCCAAGGCUGCUAUGACGCAGACAGCUGAUUGGAGCAGUCUUUGGGAGCAGCCUGAGGCAGACACAGACAUCCUAAGCUUGAUGGGCCGACAGGGCCCCUGCACGAACCAAUUCGCCGUGGCCACCAGCUCAGCCGAGGGCGUGGUGCUGCGGCUCUUCGAGAGGAAGCUGCUGCGGGACUUCGCACUGCCCUUGGAGGAUUUGCCCUGGCAGCAGUGGAAGCCCUUUCCGGCGAACGAAGGCGCCGAAGGCGCCGACCAAGGCGCCGACGGCGCCCCGGAAAGAGUCCGAGAAAAAGUCCGAGACGUCCGCAUCAGCGCGAUCUUUUGGGUGAGCUCCUCCCUGGUGGUGGCCAUUGCCGAGAGCGAGAACCUCCCCGAGGUGGUUCUGCGCCUGGACUUGGAGGCAUCGGAGGUGGAGGUCCUGGACAUCUACCUCAACGGUCCUCCGCCCGCCUCCUUCUGGGAGGAGUCUCAAGACACCCUGUCAGAUGAGCCGUCGCCCAGUGCGUCGACCGCCUCGGAACUCUCACAGGUCUCCGACCAGCUUGUGAUGGUCAUGGCCUUCGAGAGAGUGAAGUUCCCUGAAACACGCAGCCCGCAGUCGGGCCUGGUGUGCUUGUGGAGGAGUGACCGCCUCUGCAUAUUGACUUUCUCAGACUGGAAGGUUCAUGAUCAGGUGUUGGUCGAUGAUACCGGCGCGCCGAAGGACAAAGAAGAUAUGCCUUUGUGCGCAACGAUUCUGCCGGGAGAUGGUGCCUGCAGCGUUGUGGCAUCAUAUGCCUCCAUGAUCAUUCGAUGGUGGCGGGUGUCACUGACUUCGUGCUUCCAGCAGGCAUGCGUCGUGCUGAGCUCCCCAGUGACUCAGCUUAGUUUGCUCCAGUGUGGAGAGGAAGCCCGAGAGCGAGAGCGAGCUCGGCUCUCGUGGAUGUCAAGCAGCCACAGGCUGUCCCUGAAGGAGUCCAAAGAGAGGAGCGACCUCCAGGAGAUGCUGAGCAGCUCCUGGAACGCUCAGGUGCCUGCCUAUCCGAACUUGGUGGAGAAGUCUGAUGGCGUGUGGGACAUGCUGCAACUGUACAGCUCCCGGAAAUGGGACGAGGAGGCCUGCGACCUGAUGCCCCGCACUGCGCGCUUGCUGCAACAGCAUUUGCCCACGGCAGAUGUGCCAUACAUCCACUACAACACGGAGGAGGUGGUCCUGUUCCUGCUGACGCCAGGGAGCUCGGUGCGCCUGCACAACGGGGGCAGCAACGCACCCAUCAACCUCUCCCUGGGCCUCAAGGGGAGCUCUGGGGCCUUUCUGGAGGUGGCUGGAGAGGCUCGGCCCUUCGAGGAUGGCAAAGUGGUGGCAUUUGACGACGGCUCAGACCACCGCGUGUGGCACCAGGGAUCAGAGGACCGGUGGGUGCUGGUGGUGCGUACCAUGCACCCGCAGCUGGCGAAGGACGAAGGCCGCUUCUUCGGCCGCGCCUGGACCCGGAAGACCUGCUUCGAGGCAUGGGGCGAGGACCGCCAGAAGCGGCUGGCAGGCUUCUGGGUUGCCCGCAGCGGCAACUGGAAGCACUGCGUACCGGACUCCACCUCGCUCGUACGACCGCCCGAGGCGUGUCAGGCCAAGGCGGCGCAGGCGCGGCUGGGGCCCACGCCAGUGGCGCGCCAGGUGCAAAGGCUCGCCUGGCUCCUGGAGGGCUGGAGCAGCAACCCCAAGCUGGACAGGCGCAUUAGAUUGCCAUCUGACGCCGCGUCGGCGGCGCUGAGCCUGGGAAUGUAUUUCCCGCCUACCUAG